AUGGAGCCGGCUCGCCGGCGCCCGGCCCGCCCGGCGGCGAGCUGGGUGCGCCCCUACCACCGCAGCCCUGCCCGCGCUCCUGGGCGGCGGGAUCCGAGCCGCCCUCUGGGCGGAAGGAUACGGGGCGGAGCCUGCGGCGCGGUCCGCCGGGGAGCUGAGUCCUGUUGCCGGGUGACGGAGCGGCCCGGCCCCUCCCUGCCCGUGGCGCUUGGAGCCGCCGCUGCCGCCGCCGGUUUACGUAACGCCUCCCGGGGCAGGUCCCGGCUCCGUCCCGCCCGCCUCACUCGGGGACGGCAGCAGCGGGACGGAGUCCGCCGCCUCCUCCGGCUGCCAGAGGCCCCAGGGUCCCGCUCUGCGCCGCCACGGCAGGUAAAUACCCGCCGCGGGCCCGGGGAGCAGAGAGGGAGGGAGGGCGGCUGCUGCUCUCCCUGUGGCAACGGGAGGACGGAGCCGGGAGGCGGUGGCUGGCGCCCCCCUACCCCCCUUCGUUCCCGCCGUUGCACUGAGGGGCGGGCGGGCUGGACCCCCGGGGAACGCGGGGCCCGGCCGCGGAGGCCCGCGCCGACCCGCACAUCCCUCUCCUCCCCGCUAACAGCCGGGGAAGAGGAGGAGUUGCGGGGCCGGGCCUGGCCGGCGCUGGGAGGACGCUUUCCCGGGACGGCGCGUCCCGCUUCUCGGCUGCGCCUGCCGCAGCGCGGCGGGAGCGUGCCGGGGGCAGGGCCAGGGGAGCGGGGAGGAAGCGCGGCGGCGGGAGGAGAGGGGCCGGGGAGGGGGUGA